UGGCCGCUCGCCUCGCCCCAUCAAUUCGAUCUCACCCUCUGUCACUGUCACACUCACUCACUAGUCACUCCCCCCGCGUCUCUCUCUCAGUGCGAGCGAGCGACGCCCUGUGAGCGGAGCACGCGAUGGCGAUGGACGCUCUGCUCGUGACCAGCUGCCUCGUCAUCGUCGCCGCCGUGGCCGCCCCGGGCGCGUCCGCGGCGCCGCGCGCCUUCUUCGUGUUCGGGGACUCCCUCGUCGACAACGGCAACAACAACUACCUCAUGACCACGGCGCGCGCCGACGCGCCGCCCUACGGGAUCGACUUCCCGACGCACAUGCCCACGGGGAGGUUCUCCAACGGGCUCAACAUCCCGGACAUCAUCAGCGAGCACCUCGGCUCCGAGCCCGCGCUGCCGUACCUCAGCCCCUACCUCCGCGGCGACAAGCUGCUCGUCGGAGCCAACUUCGCGUCCGCCGGCGUCGGCAUCCUCAACGACACCGGCAUACAAUUCGUGAACAUCAUUAGGAUCGGGCAGCAGCUGGAGAACUUCCAGGAGUACCAGCAGAAGCUGGCGGCGUUCGUCGGCGAGGACGCGGCGGCGCAGGUCGUGAACAACGCGCUGGUGCUCAUCACCCUCGGCGGCAACGACUUCGUCAACAAUUACUACCUCCUGCCCUUCUCCGUCCGCUCCCGCCAGUUCGCCAUCCAAGACUACGUCCCCUACCUCAUCUCCGAGUACAGGAAAAUCCUCACGCGGCUGUACGAGCUCGGCGCCCGGCGCGUGGUGGUGACGGGCACGGGGAUGAUCGGGUGCGUGCCGGCGGAGCUGGCCAUGCACAGCGUCGACGGCGAGUGCGCGCGCGACCUCACGGUGGCGGCCGACCUGUUCAACCCGCAGCUGGAGCGGAUGCUGGCCGGCCUCAACGCCGAGAUCGGGAGCGACGUCUUCAUCGCCGCCAACACCAACCGGGCCAGCUUCGACUUCAUGUUCAACCCGCAGGACUACGGGUUCGUGACAUCCAAGGUGGCGUGCUGCGGGCAGGGCCCGUACAACGGGAUCGGGCUGUGCACGCCGGCGUCCAACGUGUGCCCCAACCGGGACGUGUACGCCUACUGGGACGCGUUCCACCCCACGGAGCGCGCCAACCGGAUCAUCGUCGGCCAGUUCAUGCACGGCUCCACCGACCACAUCAGCCCCAUGAACAUCAGCACCAUCCUCGCCAUGGACAACAACAGGGGCUAGGAGGAGGAGCUACCUCUGCAGCGCCGCACCAGCUGAUGCUACGGCCGCCGGCGACACACAUAGCUACAUGCCACGCUGUAUGCUCACGAAUGAAGCUGGUAGAUCAUUAGAGGUUUUGGUGUUCUUUCAGUUUUUUUUUUUGCGUGGUUGAGGUGAAGUGAAAAUCAAGGGAGAAUCUUGAGCCUAGGGCGGGUUUUACCUGUAUUUUCCAGAUUAAAUUGUCACCAGACAGUCCGAUUAAUUCAAGAAUUUG